AUGAGUGAGAACGAAUCAAAAGCUGAAUACAAUGACAAAGAAGAUAAGAACGUUCUUAAAAGAGGCGCUGAAAGUCAAUCUACUGAAGACGGACAAGUUGUUAACGCUAAUGAAGCCAAUGCAUGUAAUAAAGAUAAAUCUGCCGUGGAUGACCAACAUGUUGACAAGAAACCCAAAAGUAAUAGAACCGUUGCUUUAGACUCUAAUGGAAAUCCUCUACCAAAAGAAAAAAGAUUGCCAAAACGUAAGGUAGCCGUAAUGAUUGGUUACUGUGGUGCUGGGUACUGUGGCUUACAAUACAAUCCACCAAACCCAACUAUCGAAAGUACCCUAUUUAAAGCUUUCUGUGAUUCUGGUGCUAUUUCCAAAGCUAAUUCAACAGAUUUGAAAAAAAAUGGGUUUGCCAGAACUGCUAGAACUGAUAAGGGUGUUCAUGCCGGUGGUAAUUUAAUCUCAUUAAAAAUGAUUAUCGAAGAUCCUGAUAUCAAACAAAAAAUUAAUGAUGCAUUACCAGAAGGUAUCCGAGUAUGGGACAUAAAACGUGUCAAUAAGGCUUUUGAUUGUAGAAAAAUGUGUGGUUCUCGUUGGUAUGAGUAUUUAUUACCAACAUACUCUUUGAUUGGUCCAAAACCAGAUACCACUUUAUAUAAUGAAGUUGAACAAAGUAAGCUUGAAUACCCUAAUGUUCUUGAUGACGACUCUGAAUCCAGAGAAUUUUGGAAAAACUUGAAAGAUGACGUUAAAGAAAAAUUCACUCCAGAAGAGAUCGCUGCUAUAAAGGCUUAUGUACCACCACCAAAAGAAGAGUUUGUUGAUUCUGAUGGAUUGUAUCAAAAAGUUAAACAAUACAAACAAUUAGAAAAUGCUCAUCGUAGAAAACACCGUAUUUCAAAAGAAAAAUUAGAAAAGUUUCGUGUUGUUAUGAAACAAUAUUUAGGAGCUCAUAAUUUCCAUAAUUUUACUCUAGGUAAAGAAUAUAAAGAUCCAAGCGCUAUUAGAUUUAUGAAAGAUAUAACUAUCUCUGAUCCAUUUGUUAUUGGUGCUGCAGAGACUGAAUGGAUUUCGAUCAAAAUCCACGGUCAAUCAUUUAUGCUACAUCAAAUUCGUAAGAUGAUUUCAAUGGCCACGUUAGUUACUAGAUGUGGUUGCCCAGCAGAUCGUAUAACUGAAGCAUAUGGUACUCAAAGGCUAAAUAUUCCAAAAGCACCAGCUUUAGGGUUAUUAUUAGAGGCUCCAGUUUUUGAAGGCUAUAAUAAGAGAUUAACGGAGUUUGGAUAUGACCCAAUUGACUUUAGCAAAUACCAAACUGAAAUGGAUGCUUUCAAGAUGAAACAUAUUUAUGAUAAAAUUUAUAAAGAGGAAGUUGAUGAAAAUAUCUUUAAUGCUUUCUUUACUUAUAUUGAUACUUUUGAUAAGGUAACUGGUGCUCAAGGUGUUGAAACUGAGACAAAAAAGGUGAUGCAAUUCAAAAAAAUGUUUUUGAAUAUUUAA